UGCUGGGUUUUCCCGGUCAGAACGUCCAGGAGUGGGGGCAGGACCAGAGAGGAGUGAGAAGGAGACGCAGAGGGACUGAAAAUGGACUGAGAAAGUAAAGAAGUCAACAUGUGUCGCGUAUUGGGAGAAGAGGAUGUCUUCCGGUUUCAGGCGGAUCCUUUAUCUUAAGUUCCCAAGUUCCCCACCCGAGACCCGACUGAGGAAACACACACACCUCGCUCUCUCGGAGAGAGAGACGACAUCCGCCCAAGACUUCCAUGGCCUCCACUACCCGCCGCCAACGCCGAGAACGCCGCUUCCGUCGUUACUUGUCUGCAGGACGGCUGGUCCGGGCCCAGGCCCUCCUCCAGCGACACCCAGGCCUCGAUGUAGACGCUGGGCAGCCCCCACCACUACACCGGGCCUGUGCCCGCCACGAUGCCCCCGCCCUGUGCCUGCUGCUUCGGCUUGGGGCUGACCCUGCCCACCAGGACCGCCACGGGGACACGGCGCUGCACGCUGCUGCCCGCCAGGGCCCUGAUGCCUACACGGACUUCUUCCUGCCACUACUGAGUCGCUGCCCUUCUGCUAUGGGAAUAAAGAAUAAGGAUGGGGAGACCCCUGGGCAAAUUUUGGGCUGGGGACCCCCCUGGGAUUCUGCUGAAGAGGAGGAGGAGGACGAGGCCUCUAAGGAGCGGGAAUGGAGGCAGAAGCUGCAGGGAGAGCUGGAGGAUGAGUGGCAAGAGGUCAUUGGGAGAUUUGAAGAUGAUGCCUCCCAUGAGACCCAGGAGCCCGAGUCCUUCUCAGCCUGGUCAGAGCGCCUGGCCCGGGAGCAUGCACAGAAGCACCAGCAGCAACAGCCAGAGGCAGAGGGAGCCUGCCGACCCCCACGGGCUGAGGGCUCCAGUCACAGCUGGCAACAGCAAGAGGAGGAGCAGCGGCUCUUCCGAGAGCGAGCCCGGGCCAAGGAGGAAGAACUGCGUGAGAGCCGAGCAAAGAGGGCACAGGAGGCUCGUGGGGACCGAGGGCCAGAGCCAGCCAGGGCUGGGCCCAGGGCAGAACACCCAAGAGGAGCAGGGAGGGGUAGCCUCUGGCGCUUUGGCGAUGUGCCCUGGCCUUGCCCUGGAGGAGGGGACCCGGAGGCCAUGGCCGCAGCCCUGGUGGCCAGGGGCCCCCCCUUGGAGGAGCAGGGGGCCCUGAGAAGGUACUUGAGGGUCCAGCAGGUCCGCUGGCACCCUGACCGCUUCCUGCAGCGAUUCCGAAGCCAGAUUGAGACCUGGGAGCUGGGCCGCGUGAUGGGGGCUGUGACAGCCCUUUCUCAAGCCCUGAACCGCCAUGCAGAAGCCCUCAAGUGACCCCAGAGAAAGAGUGAGAAACUGCAGGGAAUGCAUCCUUAGAGGCAGGGCAGUAGUGAGGGGAAGGUCAGGUAUGGGGACGAUGAGGAAGAGGCUGAUGCUACGCAGCAAAGGAUUUGGGGUGGGAGCGAAACUUGUAACGAGUGGGAGUGGGGAGGAUAUGGGCCACCACCACUGCUCCUUGACUCCUCCAUUUCCUAAUAAGACCUGGUUCCACAUCUCA